CAAGUCGGAAGAACAGAUCCAUUCGGAAGCCUUGGGUAUUUGCCUGCUUGUUCGAUCGGAAUGGCGCCUGAAUGCAAGGUUUUCAGUUUGGGCGACGUCGCCAAGCACAACACUCCUCAAGAUUGCUGGCUCAUCAUUGACGGCAAGGUCUAUGAUGUAACCAAAUUCUUGGAAGAUCAUCCUGGUGGAGAUGAGGUUUUGCUUUCAGCUACUGGAAAGGAUGCAACUGAUGAUUUUGAGGAUGUCGGUCAUAGCUCCACUGCCAGGGCAAUGAUGGAUGAAUACUAUGUUGGAGAGAUCGAUUCAUCAACAAUCCCCAGUAGGGUAAAAUACACUCCCCCGAAACAGCCUCACUACAACCAGGACAAGACCACAGACUUCAUCAUCAAGAUUCUCCAGUUCUUAGUUCCUCUAGCAAUCUUAGGACUGGCUGUCGGCGUCAGAUUCUAUACCAAGUCGGCCUGAAAGAUCAAAGCUCAUCCAAGAUCACUGGCAAUAAUAUAGUGACAGGACUUUAUUUGUGUUUCUUGUUUUCUAUCUAUAUCAUGACUGUUCUAGGGCUGCGUCUAUGGUGGAAUUAGGUCUGCUGUCACAUAUACAAUGGAGUGGCUUGUUUGUGAUUUUUAUUUGCACCUUGUGAUAUUCACUUCUGCAAUUCAGAUUUCAUUUGGUCUUCUCAAAGGUUGAUAUUGUGGAUUGAUUUUCA